GUGAGCUCUCUCAGGGGCUGGGAUUGGGAUCUGCCUUGCUCCAAAGACUGCACUGGACUCAGCCAGGGACAAGCCGUGGCUGCGUGCUGGUCACCAUGACAACAGAGACAGGCCCCGAUUCUGAGGUGAAGAAGGCUCAGGAAGAGGCCCCACAGCAGCCUGGGGCCGCCGCCGCUGCUGCUGUGACCACCCCAGUGACCCCUGCAGGCCACGGCCACCCGGAGGCCAACUCCAAUGAAAAGCAACCGCCCCAGCAGGACACUCGGCCUGCUGAACAGAGCCUAGACAUGGAGGAGAAGGACAACGGGGAGGCUGAUGGCCUGUCAGAGAGGACCACGCCCAGCAAGGCCCAGAAAUCGCCCCAGAAGAUUGCCAAGAAAUACAAGAGUGCUAUCUGCCGAGUCACUCUGCUCGAUGCCUCUGAGUAUGAGUGUGAGGUGGAGAAACAUGGCCGGGGCCAGGUGCUGUUUGACCUGGUCUGUGAGCACCUCAACCUCCUGGAGAAGGACUACUUUGGCCUGACCUUCUGUGAUGCUGACAGCCAGAAGAACUGGCUGGACCCCUCCAAGGAAAUCAAGAAGCAGAUCCGGAGCAGCCCCUGGAAUUUUGCCUUCACAGUCAAGUUCUACCCCCCUGACCCUGCCCAGCUGACAGAAGAUAUCACAAGAUAUUACCUGUGCCUGCAGCUGCGGGCAGACAUCAUCACAGGCCGGCUGCCCUGCUCCUUCGUCACGCAUGCCCUGCUGGGCUCCUACGCCGUGCAGGCUGAGCUGGGCGACUAUGAUGCCGAGGAGCAUGUGGGCAACUACGUCAGUGAGCUCCGCUUCGCCCCUAACCAGACCCGAGAGCUGGAGGAGAGGAUCAUGGAGCUGCACAAGACAUACAGGGGCAUGACCCCAGGAGAAGCAGAAAUCCACUUCCUGGAGAACGCCAAGAAGCUUUCCAUGUACGGAGUAGACCUGCACCAUGCCAAGGACUCUGAGGGCAUUGACAUUAUGUUAGGAGUCUGUGCCAAUGGCCUGCUCAUCUACCGGGACCGACUGAGGAUCAACCGCUUCGCUUGGCCCAAGAUUCUCAAGAUCUCCUACAAGAGGAGUAACUUCUACAUCAAGAUCCGGCCUGGGGAGUAUGAGCAGUUCGAGAGCACAAUUGGCUUUAAGCUUCCAAACCACCGGUCAGCCAAGAGACUGUGGAAGGUCUGCAUUGAGCACCACACGUUCUUCCGGCUCGUGUCCCCCGAACCCCCACCCAAGGGCUUCCUGGUGAUGGGCUCCAAGUUCCGGUAUAGUGGGAGGACCCAGGCACAGACCCGCCAGGCCAGCGCCCUCAUCGACCGGCCCGCUCCCUUCUUCGAGCGUUCCUCCAGCAAACGGUACACCAUGUCCCGCAGCCUUGAUGGAGCAGAGUUCUCCCGCCCAGCCUCGGUCAGUGAGAACCACGACGCAGGACCUGAUGGUGACAAACGGGAGGAAGAUGGCGAGUCUGGGGGGCGGCAGUCAGAGGCCGAGGAGGGAGAGGUCAGGACCCCCACCAAGAUCAAGGAGCUGAAGUUCUUAGACAAGCCAGAGGAUGUCUUGCUGAAGCACCAGGCCAGCAUCAACGAGCUCAAGAGGACCCUGAAGGAACCCAACAGCAAACUGAUCCACCGGGAUCGAGACUGGGAGCGGGAACGCAGGCUGCCCUCCUCGCCCGCCUCCCCCUCCCCCAAAGGCACCCCUGAGAAAGCCAGUGAGAGAGCAGGGCUGAGGGAGGGCUCGGAGGAGAAAGUCAAACCGCCGCGUCCCAGGGCCCCAGAGAGUGACACGGGAGACGAGGACCAGGACCAGGAGAGGGACGCGGUGUUCCUGAAGGACAACCACCUGGCCAUCGAGCGUAAGUGCUCCAGCAUCACGGUCAGCUCCACGUCCAGCCUGGAAGCCGAGGUCGACUUCACGGUCAUUGGUGACUACCACGGCAGCGCCUUCGAAGACUUCUCCCGCAGUCUGCCUGAGCUCGACCGAGACAAGAGCGACUCAGACACGGAGGGCCUGGUGUUCUCCCGGGAUCUCAGCAAGAGGGGCCCCAGCCAGGAUGACGAGUCGGGGGGCAUAGAGGAUAGCCCGGAUCGAGGGGCCUGCUCCACCCCGGAUAUGCCCCAGUUUGAGCCCGUGAAAACGGAAACCAUGACUGUCAGCAGUCUGGCCAUCAGGAAGAAGAUCGAGCCAGAGGCUGUGCUGCAGACCAGAGUCACCACUGUGGAUGCCCAGGUGGAUGGGACUGCCCUAGGGGGGAAGGAAUUCAUAACCACUGCUCCCUCCAUCACCACUGAGACCAUAUCAACCACCAUGGAGAACAGUCUCAAGUCCGGGAAGGGGGCAGCUGCCAUGAUCCCAGGCCCACAGACGGUGGCCACGGAAAUCCGUUCUCUUUCUCCGAUCAUCGGGAAAGAUGUCCUCACCAGCACCUACGGCGCCACCGCGGAAACCCUCUCCACCUCCACCACCACCCAUGUUACUAAAACUGUGAAAGGAGGGUUUUCUGAGACGAGGAUCGAGAAGCGGAUCAUUAUUACUGGGGACGAAGAUGUUGAUCAAGACCAGGCCCUGGCUUUGGCCAUCAAGGAGGCCAAACUUCAGCAUCCUGACAUGCUGGUAACCAAAGCUGUCGUAUACAGAGAAACAGACCCAUCCCCGGAGGAGAGGGACAAGAAGCCACAGGAAUCCUGACCUCUGUGAAGAGAUGCUGGCGUUUCUGGUCCAACCCAAGCCAGAGAACCGUUAAGAAGGGGCCUUCGUUCUGGAUUCUCCGAGUCAACACCGACGUCCCAGCUGCGACGUACUGUCCCUGAUGAGAGACUGGGAAAGGAAAAGCAUAUAUAUAUAUAUAUAGAUAUAUAUAGAUAUAGAUAUAUAUACAGGAAACACUGCAUCCUUGCACUGCUUCUGGGGCUGGCCGAGCCGUCGGCCAACAGCAACAACCAACACCUGAACACCUACAUUUCCUUUGCAGACAAAUUGAAGAAUUGCUGGGAUUUUUCCGGAAAAAAAAAAAAAAUUAUAAUGCCAAUAAUCCCUCGCUAUCCCCUUUGAAGGCCUGCGGAGCGACGCGAGCAAGCAGCCCAGGAUGACUGCAGGAACGCAGCACCGACUGCGCAGCACACCCGGUGGACGGACGGUCCGUUUGUUCUCCAGUGUCUGUGGCCCAUGCAAGUGCAAAGGAAAACCCUUUUGCAGCAAAAGUGAGACAAGUCGAAGCAGCAAGACACACGUCGAGAAAGAAAAGACAUUUCCCACUUGGAAAGGAGGAGGAGGAACACUGGAUUGUUAUUUUAUGGGUCUUGACACUGGGCUGCAAAAUCCACCUUCCUUCCUUCCGCCUCCCCUCCCCCUCACAAGUCUUGUCGUCAUUUUCUGUCUCGACUCCCUCCUCCCAGCCCUGCACCCCUUGCCCUCUGUGUCCGGGUCCUGCUGAGGGCAGAUGACUCAUUUGAAACAAGAAAAGGAAAAGAAAGCAGGGACGGAAAACCAUGCCGCGGGAAGGGAAGUAGACAUUGUAUGUUUAUGGUUCUCAUUACGAAGGUGCAGCUUGUAGGAGAUUUGUAUGGAUGUGCUUUUAAGUUAUGUAUAUUACAUAUAACGGGAAACAAAUAUUAAAAUAAACAGUGCUGGUAAGUAUGAAGCUGACAGUUUAAAAUUAUAAUUAUCUGACUGUGAUUGAUGUAUCCCAAGGUUCCUAGAUCUCACUGAACCGGCCCAGCCGAGGAGACCUGGACUCUGGCUGUGGGCUGCUCACAGUAGGAGCUGACGGGUUCAGUGUAGUAAUUCAGUGUGUGAUGUUUGUCACUGGUUGAUUGGUGGGGAGGGGAGGGGUCCCCAAAUGGAGAAGUGGGGGUUUGGCAAGAAGGAAGCAACACAGCUGUGGUCCAAGAUGCCUUCUCCCCUGGGCAGUAGCAACCAGGGCCUGGUCCAUGCUCAGAUGUGGGGCCCAGAGUUAGGAUUUUGCUGCGAUCCCCUGGCUCAGUCCCCCCACCUCCUUAAGGGGGCUUGCCUCCGUUUUCAGCCCUCUGUUUUUUUUUGCCACAUGUCUUGCCUUUCCCUGACCAAAUCCUGAUAGCUAACUCCCCAUCCCAAGGGGCGUGAUGCCCUUGGCCACUGCAGAGGAUGGUAGCUUUGUCCGGCUGCCUGGAAAUUCCCAGCUCAGUCUCUUCCUCUACCACUCCUGUUCUCUGUCCGAUUCAUUCUCUUCUGCCUGGGCUGAAGCAGCCAUGGGAGCGACCCCGAACACAGGGUAGGCCCUGAUAGGUCAAAGCUGAGGAUGGAAGGUGGUGCUGCUCACAGUCUCCAUCCGCGUGUUAGACCCUGGCCUUGGAGACCUCCCCUUCAGUCAGCAUCUGAGCUCUGAGCUCUGAGCCUGUGCCCUCGGAGUCCCAGAAAUUGCCUCAAGACCACAGAAGCCCUUGGAGAAAACCCAUCAAUAGCCUGGCAUGGACCCACGGGGGCUUUCCCAGGCUCUCCUGGCACAAGCUGGCCCCCUGAGCUCAAUGAGUCCCCUUCUGAGGGAGCGUGUCCCACUGCACUUUAAUUUAUCAGCCCCAUCUCACCUCCCCAGUCCUGUUUCUAAAGCAGUUGAUAAACUCACUCAAUAAAUAUAUAUUGAGCACCUGCUUGUGCCAGGCACUAUUCUUGGAUUGAGAGAAUGUGGGGCACAUGGAGGCACCUGGGAAGCCCCCUGGGCCAGCCUUACAUUUCCAACCAGGGCUGUCUCUCUGAGAGCAUUUCUGCAUUCUCUCCAAUUGUUGGACGUUGCCCAUGGAGGCCCUCCAGAGAGCCCAGGCUUGUUUGUCAGUUACCCCAAGGAUAAAUAUGCUUAGCGGCUUAGUUGGUGCUGACCUGGGACAGAACAAGAAACCAGAAUAGUGUGCCUCUGUGGACACACAUGGGAUGGAGGGAGAGCAGAGAGCCCUGAGCCUGGGCAUCCCAUGGCGGAAUCAGCCACACACACCCCGGAGCAGGCCGGGGGGCUGCUCCAGCUCCCCCUGAGUGCGACAGCACACUUGCCGUGCACCAAGCUUCUUUUUACAUUCCUGAUGAAGAAGCCCUUUUCAACCUGGGAGCUCCCACUUGUUCUGGGCCAAAAGCUGGUGUAGCUCCACCCUCUCUGGCUCACCCAGAAUUUGGCUCAGGCACCCCGUCUUUGCUGGAACCAGGCAUCCCAAACACACUUCAGAGGGAGAAUUAUUUUUUCUGGGUUCUACACCUGCCUACAGAUCCUGGGUGUGUGGCUUCAGUGCAGGGAUGAAGUGACCGGGCUUAGCUCAUGGGCCAGCUGGGGGUUUGUGGAGAUCCCACCAAUGCUCUGACCUUCCUUCCAGGAGAGUCAGUCAGCCACCAGGGAGGAGGGGAGCUGCAAAGCUAAAUCUAGGGCACUGUUUCCUCCCCAUCCUCUUCACAAAGAAUAUCGACGUUUGUCUUGUCUGUCGUCAACCUACUUUUCCUUUUUUCUUUUUUAUAUUUCUCGUUUUUUCUGUGCUGCCUCUCCACCCAAGAGACCAUGUAGCACAGUGGAGAAAGUCCCGGAGGGCGGGCAGGAGUGCUGCGUGGCCAUCCUGGCUCAGUGCCUAGCUCACCAUGUGCCAUCGAGCUAGUCUUGGGCUCUCCUUGGGGCCUCAGUUUCCGUCGCACUUGUAAAAUGACUUGGAUAAACCAGAUGCUCUCCAGGGUCUUUUUCUGCUCUGCCAUCCUACAGACUUUCAUUUUAUUUUGCUUUCUCGGGAUCUUUUCCAUCUGAGAGGACAGGAAGUGCCAGGACCUGUUUCGGUUUUUGAAUCCUGCAAGCACAUUCCAAGACUGGCCUGAAACUGCAUGAGCAACAUCACUCUAAUUUUUCCCCCCCAAAAGCACCUUACCAAACAACUGCAAUGCUGUCCUGUUCCUUUUUACUCACACCCCUCUCUUCUCUGGUCCCCACGCUCCCCCACCUCAGUGCUCCGUGCUGUAUGCGUGUGCUCUCUGUUCUUGUAUACUCAAUAAAAGUGAAAUAAAUGUGUUUGAUGCUGAACCACAAA